AUACCCCGCCAUUAACAUACCCCCUCAAUCUUACCAUCACAUAGCUCAACAACAACCCCCACCAUGUCUGAAGCCGUUGGAGAUUUCGGCCUCAUCGGCCUUGCUGUCAUGGGCCAGAACUUGAUUCUGAAUGCCGCCGAUCACGGUUUCACUGUUGUUGCUUUCAACCGAACCGUCGCCAAGGUUGACCGUUUCCUCGAGAAUGAGGCCAAGGGCAAGUCCAUUGUCGGCGCAAACUCCAUCAAGGACUUCGUCUCCAAGCUCAAGAAGCCCCGAAGGAUGAUGAUGCUCGUCAUGGCCGGAAAGCCCGUUGACGACUUCAUUGAGCUCCUCCUUACCGAGGGAGGUGUUGAGGAGGGCGACAUCAUCAUCGAUGGUGGAAACUCCCACUACCCCGACACCAACCGCCGCACAAAGUACCUUGCCACCAAGGGCAUCCGUUACGUUGGUAGCGGUGUCUCCGGUGGAGAGGAGGGUGCCCGUUACGGUCCCUCCAUCAUGCCCGGUGGUAACGAGGAGGCAUGGCCAUACAUCAAGGACGUCCUCCAGUCCAUCUCCGCCAAGUCUGAUGGCGAGGCCUGCUGCCAGUGGGUCGGUGACGAGGGUGCCGGUCACUACGUCAAGAUGGUGCACAACGGUAUUGAGUACGGUGACAUGCAAUUGAUUUGCGAGGCCUACGAUAUCAUGAAGCGCGGUCUCGGAAUGAAGAACAAGGAGAUCGGUGAUGUCUUCACCGAGUGGAACAAGGGUGUCUUGGACUCUUUCCUCAUUGAGAUCACCCGCGACAUCAUGUACAAGAACGACGAGAAGGAUGGUGUCCCCAUCGUUGAGAAGAUCCUCGACUCUGCUGGCCAGAAGGGUACCGGAAAGUGGACCGCCAUCAACGCUCUUGACCUCGGCAUGCCCGUCACCUUGAUCGGUGAGGCUGUCUUCGCCCGUUGCUUGUCCUCGAUCAAGGCUGAGCGUACCCGUGCCUCUGCCAUCCUCGACGGACCCACCCCCAGCUUCACUGGAGACAGGCAGGCAUUCAUCGACAACCUUGAGCAGGCCCUCUACGCCUCCAAGAUCAUCUCCUACGCACAGGGCUUCAUGUUGAUGGAGAGCGCCGCCAAGGAGUACGGCUGGAAGCUCAACAAGCCCGAGAUCGCCCUCAUGUGGCGCGGUGGCUGCAUCAUCCGCUCUGUCUUCCUCAAGGACAUCACCAAGGCCUACCGUGCCAACCCCAACCUCGAGAACUUGCUCUUCGACGACUUCUUCAAUAAGGCUAUCCACAAGGCACAGCCCGGAUGGAGAGACGUCAUCUCCAAGGGAGCUCUCUGGGGUAUCCCCACCCCCGCUUUCAGCACUGCUCUUAGCUUCUACGACGGUUACCGCACCAAGGACCUCCCCGCCAACCUCCUCCAGGCCCAGCGUGACUACUUCGGUGCCCACACCUUCAGGGUCAAGCCUGAGUUCGCCAGCGAGGAGUUCCCCGAGGGCCAGAACAUCCACGUCAACUGGACCGGAAGGGGAGGCAACGUCUCUGCCUCAACAUACACCGCAUAAGCGAGUGAUGGUGAUGGUUGGAUGAUGAUUGGAAGGUUGAUUAAUUGAUAAGAUUUUUAUUAUGGUUGAGGAUCAGCCGUAGAUGCAGC